GUGUAUUAAUUCUGUUUUUUUUAUUUACUUCAAGAAUGCAGCAACAGAACGUUUUGCAGAGCAAGCAGAAAAUACCAUAAGAGUCAACUACUUUGGUACCUUGGCAGUGUGCCAUGCCCUCUUUCCUCUGCUGAGACCUCAUGCUCGGGUAGCUACGGUUUCCAGCUCCCGUGGCCACCUUUCAAGAAUUAUUGGAAAUGAACCUCAAGCUACUGCCCUCAGGAACAAGUUUGCAUCACCCACUUUAACAGAACAAGAACUUGGUGACCUUAUGAAUCAAUUUAUCAUAAAGGCUAAAGAAGGAACCUGGAAAGAAGCUGGAUGGCCCAACAGUACCUACGUAGUAAGCAAAGUUGGUGUAUCUGCUCUUACUCGUAUUCAGCAGCGAGCUUUUGAUGCUGACCAACGUCCUGAUAUGGUGGUGAACAGUUGUCAUCCAGGAUUUGUAAAUACUGACAUGAUUACCCACAGGGUUAGUUACACACAUUUGUCUAAAAUUUAAUUUUUACCUUCAAAC